AAAAAUGGCCGCUUUGCAGCAAGUGCACUUUUUUUUGUAUUAGACUAAUCCGAUCGAAACGCGCACGUAAAGCCCCGAAUUGGAGCUGCUGUUGAACGGAAAGCCAUCAGUGGGCAGCGGAAUCAUGGAGCAGGUGACGGAGACCAAGGUUCAAACGCCGGAGACGGUCCAACCGGAGGAAUCUCCCCGAAAAGUUGAGCAAUCUGAGGGCACGGAACCCAAAACAGCGGCGUUGGAAACGCCACCAAAAAGUGCGGGUCCCACUGAUUUGGAGGAUGAGCUGGCAAAUCUCAAUGGUGGCGACGAGCUAGAGGCCGGCCUGGACGAACUGAGCUCGCUGGAGCAGGAGAUAGCCAAGCUGCAUCACAUUCGACCCCCGGAGGCUGCAGAUUCCGCAGCAGAUUCCGCCACUCCAAGUGGCGGCCACCCGAGUGAUAAUCUCGGACUGGAGGCACGCCUGGGCGGUGAGGACGCGAGCGGCGAGUCGCCACUCCUCGAAGAUGGCCACGAUCCCUCGGGCAACGGCCAGGUCAGCGAAUCCCCCCUGGAAGAGGUGGAUCUGAUAGCCCUGCUCAAGGGAACAGACACUAGUCACGAGCAGCCCGCCGAGAAAUGCGCCCUGGAGAAGGCUCUCUCGGAGUUGGACGGCGUGGAGGGGGAAGCGGAUGUGGGUGUCACCAUCGAGGGCGAAGGGCAGUUCGAGAUCAUGGAAAUCGACGACGACGAGGGGGAGGCUUCCACGCGAAAAGUCAGUCCCAAGGUGCCUGCAUCCAAGCCAUCUGCACCCUCCGAGGAGGAACCUCGGCGUUCUUCUAUCCCCAAACACAAACUUUCACCGGAACAGGCCAGAGCCGUGGCCCUGGAGCAGAUGGCCGGGCUCAAGCCGAAGCCGCGUCGCAAGGAGCCGCCGCCGGUGGUCAAGCCAGUGGACAUUGUCAGCUCAUUAAACGACGAUUGGGAUGACUACGACUCGGAGGAGGACAAGCCCGCACCCACGACUGCAGUGGUCACGGAAGUGAUUACCCUGCCGCCAGCUCAACUGGUCACCAAAAAGCCACCCCUUCCCUUGCCCCUGAAAAAGGCGACCUCGCCGGUUAAACCCGCUGUGAAGUCGCCCAUGUUGCUCAACAACAAGAUCACCGGGGUGAAGGUAAUGCUAAAGACCGUCAGCCAAAAGCAACUGGCGGCCUCCACAAAUCCACAAGUGGAGAAGCCCAAGCCAUCGCCGCCCAAGGAGAGCGAGGAGCCCACUACAGGCUUCAAACGCAUGCGUGUAAUUAAGAGGAAGAUUAUCUGGGAUCCCGAUGUUCCCGAGACGAAAAAGUCCUUUGCGCAGUACGCCAGCAGCACGAAGGCAACGGCAGCGACGAAGGCACCUUCUCCAGCACCGCCACCAGCACCAAAAACGACUGUCAAAAGCAUUUCGCCCAACACAACGACGGUUAAGAAGGAGGUGGCACCCAAGAAACGGGCAGCCACACCAACUGCAAGGAACUCCAAAGCUGGAACGCCAGUUGGAGGAGCCACCGAGCGGGGUUCGUCCCCCGUCAAGCGUCGCGCGCAGACGCCAAACGCCGUUCUGGCCAAUGGGGGAAUACAGAAAAAGAAAAAGGUCUCGGAGAUCGAUCGCCUGAUGGGCGACGAGGGAGCGGCCAACAUGAUUCACGCCGUGGAGCACGAGCAGCGCGAGAUGAGCGGCGGUGAGGUGUCCAACAAGCCGCUAAUGCGCAAACGAGCCAUGACCAUAACCGGCCGGAACCAGCAACCUCGGGCUGCAGUGGAACCCACGCCGCCCAAAAAGGCCACUGCCGCUGAUACCGUUUUCACCAAGACCACCGCCAAUUCAUCCGCCAGCAAGCCACGCGCCUCCGACUCCUGGGACUAUGUGUACAAGCAGCGCGCCAGCGAGGAGUCCAUGAUCAUGCGUCGGCGCUCCAACAGCUCCUAUUCGAGCAACGCCUCGGUUAGCCGCAAUUCGCUGGACAAUAAACCCGGAGCGGCCAAUCUCUCGGAUGAUGCAGCCGAGGCGAGUGAUCCUUCCUUCAAGUUCCUGAAGCCCGUCAACAAGACGAACCAAAGGGGCGGCGAGGGUGCCGCCUCGUCCUCCUCCUCGCAAACGCUGGCCAACGAUAUGAAGGCGAACAGUAGUGGUGGUGGCGAGCUGGUGGUCCUGCACAAGGUCAACAAGGUGGCUCAUCUGGUGAUCCACACGCAUCGCGGUAAAGCCGGACACACGUACAGCAGCCAUGUGUUGGAGCAGUUGAACGAAACGCUGGCCAACAUUGCACGCAAAAGUGAGUUCAACACGGUGCUGUUGACCACGGAGGGCCCACAAUUUUGCCAGGGCAUCGAUUGCCAGGAACUGGUGCAGGGUUCUCUGGAGAAGCGCCGGGAAAGCGCCAGUCGACUGUCCACAGCCCUGAAAACCUAUCUGCGCACUUUGGCCACAUUUCCCAAGCCCUUGGUGGCGGGCAUCGUUGGCAGCCUGAUUAAUCUGGGCGUUAUGCAGCUGCCCUUCGCUGACUACGUGGUGGCCGCUGAUGAUUGCUGCUUUGAGACAAACUAUGCCAAGUUGGGCCAGCUGCCCGAGGGCUAUGCUCUGUGGCAUGGCCACGAAAAGGUGUCCAGUCAAGUGCACUCGCGCUUGUUUCUGUUGGGUGAAAGACUGUUUGCACCGGAACUUUUGGGACCGCACAGUUUCGUUGACAAGAUCUGCAAGCCCCGCAACGUCAACCAGGAGGCUCUGGCCAUUGCCAAACAAAUAUCCACAAGCUCCGCGGAGAUGUAUCGCACGCUGAAAAGACUCAAUCACUCGGCCACCAAUGCCGCUAGUUUUCCGCGUCUGGAUGAGGAACUGAAGGCUAUUUCGGAGCAGUGGCUGACGGCCAGUUGCGUGGCUAAUUUCAAAAGCUACCUUAGCGACGUUGAUUUCUAGAGCAUAGACUAAGAGUUAUUGUAUACCAUAUAUGCAAUGGUAGAUCAAUUCAGAUACAUAUAAAACAUUUAACAAUUAAAAUCAUACAUUUAGUUCAGUCCCUGUAGGAGUUUUAUUCUGGACUAUUAGACUAUCGCCCUAAGAAUUUUUUUACACCUACCGACAAAACACAUGUGUAAUAUUCUGUAUCCCCAUGUAAAGUUUAAACGCAGUGUAAAUUUUAUGAAAAAUUUAAAACGAAGGGAAAGUUAGAUCCUUUUAUGUUAUAGUUCAAAAUUAAGGACGUUUCAAUAAACGUGCUUUGAUCGGGAAUUAGUGUUCUCAAACAAAGAAAAGUUUACGACUGUUGAUGAAAGUUUACGAAUACUGAAUAAAUCCCCAAAAACAUCA